UCCUGUCGUAUUAACACAAGUAAUAUCCGGCCACGUUAAAAUAGCUUGUUUGGUUAAAAUAUUGGCCGGGUCCUUGAUCAAUUAAUUAAAUAGUGUAUCUUAAAAUCUUUUCCGAAUUUAAAUGUGAAUAAUUUAUAAAAGACACUAAACUAACGAAGAAUGAACUACUGGUCAAUUUGUUUGCUGCUUGUCUCGUUGUUUGGUACUAUAUUACGUACUGGUGGUGUCGAACUAUCCUUCGAACUACCUGACAAUGCGAAACAAUGUUUCUACGAAGAGAUCAAACAGAACACGACAGCAAUGCUCGAAUUCCAGGUUGUAACAGGUGGACAAUAUGAUGUUGACGUAAUUUUAGAAGCACCGAAUACAGAAAUCAUUUAUAAACAAAUAAAAACACAAUUUGAUUCUCAUCAAUUUACAGCAUCAAUGUCAGGAGCAUAUAAAGCCUGUUUUAGCAAUGAAUUCUCAACAUUUUCACAUAAACUUGUUUACAUGGAUUUCAGAGUAAGUGAUCAAUUAUCAGUUGGAGAGCAUGUAACUGUUAUGACACAGAUGGAGUCUUCGCUUGAAGAAGUACAUAAGCAUUUGAAUAGUAUUUUAGACUAUCAAACACAUCAUCGAUUAAGAGAAGCGCAAGGUCGUAAACGUGCAGAAGAUUUGAAUAAUCGUGUGCUUUUAUGGUCCAUUAUGGAAACACUUACAAUUUUGAUCAUAUCUGUGGGGCAGGUGUAUGUUUUAAGGACCUUUUUCACAGAAAGAAAGCGUUAAUACAUUCAUUAGUGCAUCUGAAAAUAAUAAUACAUUCUUUGUUCGCAAUACAAUAAUUAAUCCGUCAGAGUAAUGUGGGACACCAUCAUAUUUAAUGUUUCACAAAUUCUACCAAUUAUGGUGCCAUGUUAACUUUGGCCAGUUGUUUGUUGUGUCCAUGCCUAUUUUGGGCUGAAAAGUACAACUCCAAAGAUACGAAAUAAUUUAGCAGCAGAAACAUGUGGUUUCCUGGAGUAUGAGGAUGUUGUGUAUGCGCGUUCAUGUGUGUAUAAUUUAAAUUAAGUUAUAUAAAGCCUAAGACAUUUUAACAAGUACCUGCUCUAUUACGAGCUAUAAAGGGAAUGUGGAAUCAAUUGGACUGUCUCUUUUAAUGAUAAAUUUUUAAGUUAUAACUGUACUUUGGCAUUGACAGUGUAACAUUGUCAUGAAAAAUACAUUUUUCUUACUGUGAAUGUGUAACAAUAAACUAGAACAUUUGCGUA